AGGUACACAAACGCUCCACCGCCACAUUGGUCCGGGCAGUGCCCAAGAGCUAUGCCGGAGUCGUGUUCAGCUUGGGGCUGUACAAACCGUCGCACAGUUCAAAACAGAUCUAAUGGAGUAACCUUUCACAGGUUUCCCAAAGAGAAAGAGUUGAGGAGGCAGUGGGAAGUGGCUUCACGGAAGGAAACUUGCUCUACUAGCAAGUCGGCCGUGCUCUGCAGCGACCACUUCAAACCAGAGGACUUUGACAGGACUGGCCAAGUUGUCAGGAUUAGAGAAGGAGCUCAACCAUCUAUCUUCAGUUUCUCUACUCGUCAGAAAAGAUCAGGGGCAACCAGGACAACACAAACCUCCAGGAAGGCUGAGGAGAGCCUGUCAGUGGACGAUUUUCUGAGUGUCAACAAGACUGAACCUCUGCCUAAUGCUGAUCAUUCCUAUGCAUUGCCCGCAUCUCCCGCUCUUGUCAAGUCCAGACUGAGUAAAGCCUUGGUUCGUGUGGAGCAUCUGGAGCGAGAGAUGAGAAACAUGAAGGACAGAGAAAGGAGAGCAAAGAUCAGAGUGCACAGUCUUCUGAAAGAUCUGCAGGAGAAGAAACUUGUGAAGAAGGACCUUAAAGAUGCUUGAUUUUGUUUUCUUUUUCAAAGUGAAAGUAAAAUUCAACCCAGCUGCUUUCCACGUGAGUCAGGAGAUGGUGUCCAGAAAGGGGACUGGAGAAUUGACACCCGUCAUAAGCCAGACUGAAUGGGGAACCAGUCUGACACGUGUCCAUGGACUAUGGCACUUUCAGAUUAAAGAGCAGAUUAUAUACAAAAGAAAUCAAUGACAAUGUUGUUACUCACAUUCUCUUCCUGGCUGUUUCUUAUCGACAAUGGCUUGAAGAUCAGCUGUGAAUGAAAACACGUCCUUUCAGUUUCAUCCUGUCAUCGCAGAAAUCCUUGUUCGCACUCUUCACCACUGUUGGCUGCUGUUAGCUGGACUCUCUGAAACCAAGUGAAUAAACUGUAGAGGAGAGAAUCGACUUCCUGUUUAGACCUGCAGGUGCAUGACCAGUGUCGUUCCUUUAAAGAACAACACGGUGGUGAGAUGAUGCUGCAGGAAGAGACUCCGCUGACACAUGUAUACCCUAUACAAGACUUGUAUAGAACAAAGAGAACUUUAUUUGUUACAAGCCAAGCAUCAGUAUCAAGCACUGCAGUUUGUUUGAGAGAGUGUUUCAGCCGAAAUCUCAGAACAACUCUGGCCCCCGUGAGCUGGACCACACUUUUUAAAGGUUAUCUAACAUCCUCUUCCUAUACAACACAUGAUCGUAAAUAUUAGAUAAACAACAACAGGUUUGACAUCGGGACCACUUCGUUCCAAUAUAGGAACUAUCUGUGUUUUCUUCAACAAUCCUUGUCCAGGACUGGCCCAUAAACGUGUUGUAAAACUGUCCGAGGUAAUGCUCGUGACCCCAAAAUCAACCCCAAUGAGGAGUUUCCAGCUUGCUUCCCAAUGCAAUGAAAAAAGACACAUCUUCCAACACACUCAAGACAAAAAUGAGCUGUGUUAAUGUGUUCAUCGAAGUCAGAUACUUCUGAUAUGGAGUUGAAAUGCUUGUCUGGAUGCAGAUUGUUUUUGUUUGAAAACACUGUUUUCAAGUGUAGUUUUUUUAUUGAUCCUGUUAAGAAAUGAGUGUUAAUUUAAUGUCUUUAUAUCCGAUCAUCACUAAAAGCACCUCCAGAGGUUGCACGACUUGUGCUUUGAUUCACUCGUCACCUUCUGACCGGUCACUGGCACUGAGAAACAGACACACACAUCACACACACAAUGACCACGGACAUGUCUGUAGUCUGACUUGUGAGAUCUGGCUCACGAGAGGCCACAGGAAGCACAUCAGAGUCUGAGUCUAUACACAUCCCCCAUCAGUUAUUUACUCAGGUUAAAUCUCAGUUAAGAAGUUAGGGCAGCCUUGUUUUCCACACUUUGGAAUUUGUUAACGUGUAAUAUUACGGUGUUAAUAUGUGUGAAGUGAAAACAUGAAACAAUUGUGAUGAGAUUACUGAACGCCUGUAAUAGAAGUCUGUUACUUUA